GCGAGUCCUUUGUGCGCCGGUGAAGAUGUUAUUUCAUUUGCACACAGCAGUCCACAGGUAGAGCAUGAAGACAAGCCUAAAGUGAGAAACAAUUACAGACACCCCAUCAGCCAGAAUGAAGACCUUCUCUGUUUUCUGUUGUCUUUUAUAUGCGACAUGGACGGAAGGAGACAAAAUAAUUGGGAUAGAGGGAUUUGAAGGGGGACAAGUCUCAUUCCAAUGCUCACACAGACUCGCCUCGAAAUACAAUAAGUACUUUUGCAAGGAUCCGUGUACAGCAGACGCACUGGCUACAGUGAAAUCUGGUGGACGUGCAGAGUCAGAGCGGAUCACUCUGGUGGACUCAGGGGACGGAGUCUUCAGUGUGACCUUCAGUCAGCUCAAGCGCUCAGAUUCCGGGACAUACUGGUGUGCAGUGGCCCGGCCUGGUUUGGAUACAUACACUGAAGUUAGCUUGACUGUAAACGAAGCUUCUGAAUCCACCACUGAUCCCCAACCGGUUGUUACAAAUAAGACCACUGUCAUAACUGACAUUUCUCCCACGUGGACAUUUCCGAGUUUCUCCUCCUCAACACUGUCAGCAUCGGAUUUAGGCACCAGUUGGCCUACAAACCGGUCCACAGCUUCAAACAACACUCAUCCAGGAGAACAGAGAAUGAGCAUGAGCACAGGCACCGUGUUGUACGCGGCCGCUGUGCCUGUUGUCGUGCUCGCUGUCUUGGUGCUGGCAACGAGGUUCAGGAAGCGCAGAGAAAUCUCAAAACCUCCGGCACAAGUGUGCUCCAACGGCAAAGACUUAAUCAGUGCAAACGGAGGCGAGUUGGAGUGUGAGUAUGACGACAUUGACAAAGAAAUGCAGUCAAAUAAAAUAACACCUGAGAGAGCCUCAACUGCUCAGCACAUUAAACUGGAUCCGCCAGCACUUUUAUCCAUAGAGGCAGAAUACAGCAUACCACUUCAUAUCUAUGAAAACCUCUGCUGCUCCAGAGCCACUGCAGGAUCAGGAUUUCCAGCUGCAGAUCACCAAAACACCCUCGAUAUCAGCUCAGGGAUCAAACCUUUGCCACCGAUAAUAUCUGAAAGAACACACGAUGACCGUUUCCGAAAACAUACACGUACACCUGCAGCAACGGGAAGUGCUAUGAGCAAAACAACAGACAUCUACAACAGCCCCCCAUCAUCUGAUCCCUCCAGAUCUGAGUCCAUGCCCACAUCGCUUUGGUUUGGUUUAGAUUUAUCAGGAAUCAGCUGAGUUCAUCUCAAAGAUGUAAUGCUUUUUAUGGUCAUCUAAACUGUAUGAUGUACACCUCCACUUAUGAGCAACUGCAUGGAAGCAUAUUCCAUUCACCUAACACAAGUUUUAAAAAAGAUUUUUUUGUGGGGAGGGAUCCGUUUUUCCUGAGUGAAUCAGAUAGCCGAGAAGCUUCCCGUCUUGAUCGCUGAAUUGAAAGCAAAGAUGUUGCAGUUGUUCAGUUUAAUCCAGUUUGAUAUCCAGUGAAAUGUCUUUAUUUUUCAAUUCCUGGUCCAGCAAUACUCUUCCAUACAACUGUCUUUCACAGUAACUUUUGUUUUCAUUUAAAAAGGUAUGCUGGGUCCUGUAAUCCUUCUUUGUUUUGAUUGAUAAUUUCCUGUACGCUUAGUCAGAGAAGCAACCUUUAAAGGUCCAGUGUGUAUGUAUUAGCAAAAAGUGAAUAGGCAUACAAAUAUUAUUUGUAAUGGUGUAUUUAAUUAUUUGAAAAAAAAAUCCCUUUUGUUUUUGAAGAGUAAGAAUAAGCCUAUUUUUGUUCUUAAAUAUAUAUAUAAGUGCUCAGAAAUAGGUAUUUCUAUUCAAGAUUUCAUUUUGGUCGCCUUUUAGUGACGUCUUCCACUUAACCUGGGCAUGUCCAAAGUUCUUGGUCAGAUUUGUACGGCCCUCAGCUUCAUUCUUAUAAUGUAUUAUUUAUGGCCAGGGAUGGACUGGGGCAGGAAAUCAGAUAGUAUGUUAUAUCUGACCCCAGAUGUGGAAGAGAAGCAGAAUUUUGUCUUUUGUUCACUCCUGCAAGGCUUACAUUUGAGGACAUUGCCAGUGAAAAAUGAUAAUUAAUGACAAUGAAAAUAAAAUGAUUAUAAAACUGCA